CGCCGCCGUGAAAGCACGGCGGGUGGGGACGCCUCCGGAGGAGGCCCGGAGUAUCUGGGUCGGCUGAGGGUUUGCGCGAGCGCAAGAGCCGCUUAAACGGUGGUGGGCAGCGGCCGUUGCUCCCUCUGAGGCCUCGCUCGUUUCCUGCCUGCCUUCUUUUUCAACGUCCACCCCACCCUCCCUGAGGACGGCGGCUCAAUGGCGGUGAACUACAACGCCAAGGCGGAGGCAGAGGCGGACGGGCUCCCGGCGGGCGGCAUCGGCUCAAUGCCCAGCAGCAGCAGCAGCGGAGUGGCCGGGGCGGCCGGUGUCGGCGGGGCGGCCGGGGGCGCUGUCAAGAGCCGCAAGCCCGACAACACGGCGUUCAAGCAGCAGCGCCUGCCGGCCUGGCAGCCCAUCCUCACCGCCGGCACCGUCCUGCCCGCCUUCUUCGUCAUCGGCCUCAUCUUCAUUCCCAUUGGAAUUGGCAUCUUCGUCACCUCCAACAACAUCCGCGAGUUCGAGAUUGAUUAUACUGGAACAGAGCCAAAUAGUCCUUGUAAUAAAUGUUUAAAUGUGUCCUGGAACAACACACCUUGUUAUUGCACCAUUCACUUCAAAUUGGAUCGGCCAUUUGAGAGCAACGUAUUUAUGUAUUAUGGACUGUCCAACUUCUAUCAAAACCAUCGCCGCUAUGUGAAGUCUCGGGAUGAUAGCCAACUAAAUGGAAAUAAUAAUUCUUUAUUUAACCCCAGUAAAGAGUGUGAGCCUUACCGCACCAGUGACGAUAAGCCCAUCGCUCCUUGUGGAGCCAUUGCCAACAGCAUGUUCAAUGAUACCUUGACGUUGUAUCGUAUUGAAGGUGAUGGCACUAAGCCUAUACCUAUUACUCUGACUAAAAAAGGUAUUGCUUGGUGGACUGACAAAAAUGUUAAGUUUAGGAAUCCUGUUGGAGAAACGAAAAACUUGACAGUACUUUUCCAAGGCACAUCACAACCAGUCAACUGGCUCAAACCAGUGUAUAUGCUAGAUUCAGAUCCAGAAAACAAUGGCUUCAUCAAUGAAGACUUUAUUGUGUGGAUGCGCACUGCAGCAUUGCCUACGUUUCGUAAGCUCUAUCGCCUUAUAGAGAGGCAGGAUAAUUUACAACCUACUUUGCCGACUGGAAGCUACUCCUUGGAAAUAGCAUACAAUUAUCCUGUGCAUAGCUUUGAUGGACGAAAACGGAUGAUCCUGAGCACCAUUUCAUGGAUGGGAGGCAAAAAUCCAUUUCUGGGAAUAGCUUACAUAACAGUUGGCUCCAUUUGCUUUUUUCUUGGAGUAGUGCUGCUUAUCAUUCAUCACAAAUACGGAAAUCGGAACAACAGUGCAGAUAUUCCCAAUUAAUCCCAUUUUUUUUUCAAAUCAAAUGUACUGCAUGUGCAUUAAGGCCAGUUCAGGAUGGACACAGCUUUUGAAAGUUCAUGUCAUGCCACAUUUGCUCACCUGGAAAGGCUUUGGCCUGCAGCGGGAUGGGUGACUGCACGUGGAUGUUGUCUGCUAUCAAUUAUUCACAAUGCUAACUACAUCUUUGAAGUUCACAGUAUGUUCCAUCAAGUGUGCCUGGCAUGUGAACUUGUGCAACAAAAAGCUUUCUUGUUGACCAGUGACUUUUAACAACUAGGGCUGUGCAAACUUUGGGCCUCGGAUUCGGAAAUCCGAAUCACGGAGAGGAUUUUAUUAUGGAUCUGCCAUUUCCUUGCACAUUUCCUUGUAAGCAAGUUACAGCCUACAACUCCCAGCCUGCAGUGCCUGGAAGGGCUGCACUUAGCAGGGCCCAGGAACGGUGGGCACAUGUGUCCUUGCCGCCACCGCCUGCUCCCUGGUGCGAUCGCUGGCUCCUAGGUGCAGUCAGCUGCUGCCAGUGCAAUCUAGGAUACUCCAGUGGCCCUGGAGGGGUCCCUGUGCAUUCUGCAGGUGUCCUGCAGCCACCUGCUCUUGGAAUGCACGGGGACCUUUCCAGGGUCACUGGAGUAUCCUAGAUUGCACUGGCAGCAGCUGACUGCACCUAGGAGCCAGCGAUCGCACCAGGGAGCAGGCGAUUGUGGCAGUGGUGGCGAGGAUACAUGUGCCCCCAUUCCUGGGCCCCAGCAAGUGCAGCCCUCCCAGGCACUGCAUCCUGGGAGUUGUAGGCUGUAACUUGCUUACGGGGCUUAGGGCUGUGCAUGAAAAUGGCAGAUCCAUAAUAAAAUGAUGGAUCCACCAUAAAAUGGCCUCCGUGGUUUGGAUUUCUGAAUCCAAGGCCCAAGACUGCACAGCCCUAUUAAAAACUGAUUUCAACAUGGAAGUAACUGCUACAUGUAAAACCGUUGCUUUAAAAUUUGUGUUUCUGGAUGUGUUCCUGUUUAUGUGGGUAGAUUCAUAAAUUUUAAGUAUUUGUUUGUUUUUAAUAAUAUGUGAUUUUUUGAAAUGGUCAGUAGACUUAUUCAAUAAAGGUCAUUCAUUGAAGUGGAAGGGUAGAUUUGUUAGGGAAAUCAACACCUAUGCAAAAAUCCAAUAUGUGUUUUUUCACAUUGAAGUAAUUUCACCCAGAGAAUAUGAGAAUGGCAUUGACAAAUGCACAUGUUUCUGGUUGCUUUCAGUAAUCUUAAUCCUCUCUGAUAGUUAUGUGGGUAUGAAAUUCACAGUAGCAUGUAUUGUAAGCCUAUGCGGCAGGGUCUUGCUAUUUACUGUGUAAUCUGUACAGCACCAUGUACAUUGAUGGUGCUAUAUAAAUAAAUAAAUAAAUAAAUAAAUAAAUAAUAAUAAUAAUAAUAAUAAUAAUAAUAAACUAACCCGUAGGGAAACUCUACUGUACCCAAGGACUUGAUUCCUCUCUUCCAGCGGCUACUUGCUUUGAUGCUUUUGACCAUCUCCACUUUCUGCUGCCUACAUUGAGUCAUGGAAAGAUGUAAAGCUUAGAGGAAAUGGCCUUGCCACAAGACAGGCAUCAAGGAUUCUAUUUUUAGAAUUGUGAAGGUGAUUUCAAAUGCAAGAAAUAUUCAGAGAAGCCAAGCAAGUUUCUUAAAACCAAACUUGGCAUACCACUAGAAAAAUUGAUUAUGAGGAUUGACUCCUUUAAGGCCCAUGAACCAGGGAUGGGUGCUUUGGAGCUGCCUCUUGCUUUUGUUUUCCAUUGGAGUGUGGCAUAAGAUGCAGGCAUGCUUUCAAGUGCAGCUUGAAGAGCUAAUAAUUUAACAUAAAUUGCAAAAUCAGAUAUAAACAAUUUUUUUUAGUGGAAUGGUCUAUUUAGGUGUGAUUACAGCCAUAUGAAGAGUGCUUACUCAUGUACUCCCUCUACAUCAGCCUUUGUCAACCUUGUGCCCUCCAGGUAUAUUAGCUCCAGCCAGCAUGGCCAAGAGUCAGGAAUCCUGUGAAUUGUCUAAAACAUCUGGGGGGCACAAGGUUGGAGGCUGCUCUACAUGGUCUGCAUCAUGCUUAAAAGAGUCCGUUCAUAUGCAUUCAGCAUUUGCUACCAUUGUACAGCCUAGAUGCUUCUGUGCUCCCUGCUUUACAUGUUUGGGCCAGUGCACAGGACUGUAGUCUUAAUUUAUUUAUUUAUUUAUUUAUUUGUUUAAUUACAUUUAUAUACCGCCCCACAGCCGAAGCUCUCUGGGCAGUUUACAACAUUUAAAAAUAGUAAACAUUAAAAGUAUACAAUUUAAAAACACACACACACACACACACACACAUAAAAACAGUAUAAAAACAACAGUAUCCAUUUAAAAACAACAAUUGUGGGGUCCAUUAAAAACAAACUUAACGUUGUUAAAUGCUGUUAAAAUGCUGUUAAAAAUGCCUGGGAGAAGAGAAAAGUCUUGACCUGGCGCCGAAAAGAUAACAAUGCUUGAUAUGUGGAGCAAACCAGUCCAUUCUCCAGGAAAUAAAGCCAGACUGCUCACUUGAGGGAAUGGUAUUAAAGUCAAAACUGAAGUACUUUGGCCACAUAAUGAGAAGACAGGAUACCCUGGAGAAGAGGCUGAUGCUAGGGAAAGUGGAAGGCAAAAGGAAAAGGGGCCGACCAAGGGCAAGAUGGAUGGAUGAUAUUCUGGAGGUGACAGACUUGACCUUGGGGGAGCUAGGGGUGGCAACGGCUGACAGAAAGCUCUGGCGCGGGCUGGUCCAUGAAGUCACGAAGAGUCGGAAACGACUGAACGAAUAAACAACAACAAAGAUAUAAAAUUACUAGAUUGAAUUCAGGCUUGACAUUCUGAUCCUAGAGGCCAAAUUUAUAUUGUUGUCGGUCCAUCAGAAAUCAAUCCUGUCCGGGUUUUUAUUUUUAAAUAUCCGUAUGUUCUGUCCAACCCAGCUAGAUGCAACAAUUGCAUGGUGUUACAUCAGUCACUCUAAAGGUCAAAGUGAUAAUUGCUUAAUUGAUUUAAUGACCUGACAGGAGUGAUUGAUUGUCAAUCAAGUUGUAAAUUGUUAGAGACAGAUAAUGCUGUGUAUAUAAGUCUUGUGUAGAAGCAUAUCUGUACUCUCCUGUGUGACCAUGACGUUCUGUGAGUAUAACUGUAUGAUAUUGUAAAUAAGAUCUCUAAGUCUAUGCCUCAGUAAAAGUAUUGCUGAAGAACUUCCUGUUGCUGUCGUUUAUGUUUCUGGCUGUAUUCCCUUUCUCUGAAAUCUACCAGAAACCGCUGUAUGCUCUGCUAAUCUCUCUUUGCUUGGAGAGGAAUUUUAUCAAAGACCCAACAGGGUUAUGGGCCCAGACCGGACCAGAACCGGAGCAGAACCAGCAGAACCAGAACCAGCCAGGUGCUAAGGAGGUUCUGUAGUGGCGUUUCCAGGAAGCCCAGGAGUGCUCGGUUUGUGGAGAGGAGAAAUCUAUCUCUUGUGAGCGGAAAGCCUGUGGCUGAGAUUGUCGGAGAACGGAAGCCUGGAAAGAGAUUUCACAGCAGGAAAACAGUGAGUUUUUCUCAGCAGGAAUCAGCUAAGACGUGCCGGGGAAGCCGACUUACUGGAGAGGCUGUUUGCCUUGAGUAGUUGGUACGGAGGUCUGGAAUGCUGAGCGGUGAGGAAAGAGACGCUGACUCAAAAGCCGAGGUGUCUGGAAAACAGCCGGUCAGAGAAAGGAGAGUCAAGCGGAAAGGAGAUCAAAGAGAUGGCUCAAACCGUGGGUACUAAUGUUCCUAUGGAGCUGUUAACAGACGUCAAUUAUUUAGCAUAGUCCUUUAAAAUGGAAAUGGCUUUGAAAAAGGACGGUUUAUGGUUUGCAGUAGCUAAUCCACGUCCGGGAAUGUUGGAGAGAGAAGAACAAGCCGAAUGGGACAGAAUUGCAGAGCGUGCCAAAGCAAUGAUUGUUUUAUGUUUGCAUAAUGAUCAAUUGUCUUACAUAGAUCGCUCUGAUACUCCCAAUGUGAUUUGGACUAAAUUACGUGCAGUAUACGUGAGAGAAACUGCAGGGAGUCGAAUAACACUGACCAGACAGAUUUACCGGGCAAGGCUGGAGGAAGGCGGAAGCAUGACUAAGCAUUUACAGUCGCUGAGAGAAUGCUUUAACCAGCUAAGUGCCAGCGGAAUGCGGUUGUCUGAUGAAAACAUGUGUUAUAUUAUUCUGUCAAGUUUGCCUAAGUCAUAUGAUGUAUUAGUAACAACUCUUGAAAAUGUUCCAGUACAAAAUUUGACAUUGAAUUAUGUCUAUGGAAGAUUAAUUGGAGAGGAGCAGAGGAGGCAAGAAAGGAGCGCUGCUGAUGUCCAAGAUCGUAAAUUGGCUGGAAAGGAAAGAGUUAAUACGUUGCCACGAGGAGAAAUGGCUGAGAAUGUGUCUGUCGGUGGCAAAAGGAGAGAAAAAUGGUUUAAGCCGAAGUGUUUUCGAUGUGGCAAACCAGGGCAUAUGAAAAAGGAAUGCCGUGUGAAUCUGGAGUCUGAAACUUCCUGUGUGGAAGCCAAGGAAGGGAAAGUUUGUUUUCUUUCAGGUGCAGAAUCCAGUAAGCGUGAUGGGAUAUGGUUGAUGGAUUCAGUGUGCAGUCGAACCAUAAGUAACAGGAAAGAUUUAUUUGAUGAUGUGGAAAGAACAACUUUAAAGGAAGUCAGUUUGGCGGACGGGCGCGUUGCCAAGGUCGUUGGCAAGGGAGUCUGCGCUGUAAAUUCCUUAAGGAUGAAGUUGAAGGAGGUUCUUUUCGUGCCGGAGUUGAAAUAUUGCCUGCUCGGGGUGUCAACGCUGACGGAGCUCGGUUUUUCGGUGAAGUUCGAAGGAGACAGAUGCUGCGUGGAACGAGACGGAGUGGUGCAAGGAACAGCGAUAAAGAAGAAUGGUCUUUUCCACAUGGAGCCAGGAGAUGAAGGGGAGAUGCCGUGCGUGGCACAGAUGAAUUGUGUAGCCGGCAACAAAUCACCUCAUGAUGGCUGUGUCCAUUUGAUGCAUCGGAGAAUGGGACACAUUGGGUUCAAAGCACUUAAUAAAACUAUUGACUGUGCUGGAGGACUCAAAAUGAAGAAUUGUAAAAAUUAUCUAGACUGUAAAGUAUGCAGCCUGGCAAAGUCUAAGAUAGCCAAUAUUCCAAAGUCCAGGAAUUGGAGGGCUAAAGAAAAAUUAGAUUUGGUGCACAUUGAUUUAUUACCGUCUUAUGUAAGGUAAAAUAAUUUAGAAUUA